AUGUCCAAGAUCCCUUCCACUUCGUCGCCUGCAUUCUUGUGGAAGCCUGAUGUCAACAUCUCACCCUUUUUCAUACUUCCGUUCCUGCUUAUUCGAGAUCUUACCUUUACCUUCACGGUUACAAAUAACCCAUACCUUCUAAUCCUAGCACAAUCCAGCAUACUUGCCAUAUCGGUUGGCUUCACUCGCCCACAAUCCAUCGUCCGCUACGGUCUAUUCCCCGCCUCAGUCCUACUAUGCGCCAAGGCACUCUCCUCCCUCCGCUCAGGAUGGACCGGUAACUUCGCAAUCUCUACAUGUCUCGGCUACAUCACCUCGUGGGAAGUUCUCCAAUAUCUCGUCGUCGCCUUGAUUGAGCCGUGGGAUUUCCGCAGGCAAGGACAAGUCAGCAACGCUUUGAAGAACACGAAAUUUCCCACGCCGCCCAAAGAUACCAUCGUCAACCGCCUCCUCUUCGGCUACGAUGMCGCUUACAGUCAGCGCCAUUGCGGUACUCCGUUUGAAGUCUCCAACGUUCCGGCUUUUUCGAAGAGGAAUCCGACGCAGAAACCAUCACGAAUUGCAUGGCUUGCAAGUACAGCAAUGUAUGUUGCAAUAUCCUACUUAUUGCUGGACAUUGUGGCUGUGGCCAACGAUCCGGAGAUGGCAGCUGUAAUGGCAGCGGCAGAGAAAGUCCCCUUUUUCUCCCGACUGUCUGAAGUAACACUUGAAGAAGUCUUCCAACGACUGGCAGCAACAAUAUCAGUCUGGAUUCUCGCCGUCCCGGUCAUCUAUCUUUCCAAGCGUAUUGCUCCGAUCUUGUUUGUGGCUCUCGACUUACAGCGAGUGGAGCAGUACAAACCACUCUUUAACUUCGCAGAGGGUAUGCCUUGGUCUGUGAGGCGCUUUUGGAGUCAUUUCUGGCAUCAAAUGUUCAAGGACAAAGUCUACCUUCCUUGCAAAUACCUCUGCGACAACAUCCUACAUCUCCCAGAUGGCUCAAWCCUGAGGAGGUAUUCUCUCAUCGUUUUGACUUUUGCGCUUUCGGGAGUCGCUCAUGUUGCGGGCGAGUAUGCGAGUGGAAUGGACAUGUGGGAGGACAGUGGAGCUAUGCAGUUCUUUGUGGGACAAGCGGGAGGGAUUAUCAUUGAAGAUUUUGUGGUGUAUCUCUGGCAGAUGCAGUUUGGAAAGGGAAAUCARACGGCGUGGCAGAUUUGGUUGGGGAGAGUGUGGGUUGUUCUUUUCAUGUUUUGGAGUGUGCCGAUUUGGGGUUAUCCUCAGGCGAGGUUGGGUGAUGGUAGAGUCGUUCCUUGGAGUGUCAUUGAGGCUUUUGGGUAUGGGAAGUGA